GUGCCGGAAUCGCACGCGCAGUAUAACGCAGCAUAACGUACGAGUCGUCGCGUCGAUACGUUUGAAAGAAAAAAUUCGGUCCAUGCACCCGCCGGAUGCAAACCCGCUCUCGGUCAUCGGGUUAUCGAGUGCAGUUUUAAAAAUUAAAAAGAUAAGCCAAUAUUUUGCAAUGGUGGACAAACAGUGUGUCGCCGGGCCCGUAAAGGCUUACAUCAUGAGUGACCUGCUGAAGAAGGUCGAUUUUGACACGAAAAAUGACUUCGUCAAAGUCGCCGUCGCCAUUGCCGGGUUCUACAUGGGAAUAUUUUAUCUGGAGUACGUAGACGCAGAAUACAGCCUGUGGCUCACCUGGUUUCUGACGCCAGUCAUCGUCACCUUCCUUCUACCGGCCGUCAUCAUCAUCCUCAUAUACAUCAGCAGCAUCAUAUUCCACCUCUACAGGCUAUACAGGUUACGAGUGGUGGCCGGCGUUCAAAAUGACUGGAGGCACGCGGCGAGAUUGGCAGUGUGCGCGCUAUGGGACGCACACGGCUGGCUGUGGCAUGGUUACGACGUCCGAGGCCUAGAGAACAUCCCAGACGGGCCGUUCCUUGUGAUAUACUACCACGGCGCGCUGCCCAUCGACAUGUAUUACUUCAUCGCGCACAUGAUGCUGUUCAAGCGGCGACUUGUGCACACGGUGGCGGACCGGUUUUGCUUCAAGAUACCUGGCUGGAAAUCACUCCUGGAAGGUUUGUGCGUGAUCCCGGGAACAGUGCAGACGUGUGCGAGCGUGCUUCGCUCCGGGAGCCCCCUAGCUAUAUCCCCGGGCGGCGUCUACGAGGCGCAGUUCGGAGACCACUAUUAUAGGUUGCACUGGAAGUCCAGGAUAGGAUUCGCUAAAGUCGCACAGGAGGCUAAAGUGCCAAUCGUCCCGAUGUUCACUCAGAACGUCCGCGAAGCCUUCCGCACAGUCGGUUGGUUACGCGGCGUGUGUUUACGAGUAUACGCCGCCACGCGGGUGCCGCUAGCGCCGGUUUAUGGGGGAUUCCCGGUUAAGCUGGUGACACAUCUCGGCCCGCCCAUACCGCACGACCCCCGCCUAACGCCCGCCCAGCUGCAGCAGAAGGUGGCAGAAGCUAUUGAAAAACUGAUCGACGAGCACCAGCGAGUGCCCGGCAACAUCCUGCUUGCCCUCACAGAGCGCGUCUACGAGAUGCCCAAGCGGAGGGCGAAGCCCCGCGACCUCCCCAACGGAAAAUGCCAAAACGGCGCCACCUCCAGUGACAAAUGUGACAGUGACGAAGCCAAAGUUUCAUAACUCCCGCCACUUUUUUGACGUAACUGUAAAAAACUUUUUAAAAGUAUCAACGGCCAUGUAAAAAUUCAGUAUUUCCCCGCGCAAAUACUCUGUUUUUACACAUCUUGGGUUCAAACCCAUUUCUGUUUCGGGCUCGCCCGUCCGCCAUUUUGUUUAAUCGCUAUCAAAUUCGGAAUUACUCAAUUUAAUAUAGAAUCAUUGAUUUUCGUUCUUGGCUCUAGAGCAUUGGUUCCCAAAGUGGGGGGCGAAAAACCUGCGACCGCUGUGAAAAUGCAUUCCAGACUGCUCGAUACGACCAAUAAAUGAUCUUGACUGGAGGAGGGGGGGGCGCGGAAUUUUUGUAUGGUCGAAAGGGGAUGCGUCUCAAAUAAGUUUGGGAAAAAAUGCUCUAGAGUAUACGUUACCUAAUAAAGUUACUUUUUGGUCUUGAGUUAGUACAAAGAUACUUCUAAAAUUAAGCAUUUGAAAUAUACUCAGCUUAUUCUAUUAAUUAGGUACGCAACAAAACUGAAACGUCGCAAUGUUAACGUAUUACAAGUGCUCAUAAUGUUUGUAUUUAUUUUAAUAAAAAACACCAUUAAAAAUAAGUUAUAAAAUCUGAAUAACAGGACCGAUUUUGUAGAAUAAUAAUAUAAAAGUUUGACAAUCGGGUGUUGACAACGAUGAUGGAUGACAUAACAUUUUACUAUAUGUUUGCAGUUUAUGUAUUCCAUUUUAAAAAUAUACCAUAAACGUUAAAAAUCAAAUAUUUAACGUAUUUACGAGAUUUAGUUGCAUUUAUAGAAACAAAAGUUCAAAAGCGAUCCAAAAUAUAAAAACGUAUCAGUACAAAACUAUGUACAGAUCGUUAUUAAAGGUAUUAAAUACUUUUUAAACCUUGAACUAGAAUAGAGAAAUAUCUUGUUGAUGUUGGAAACACCAGGUAAAGGGUUAUUUAAGAAAACGUAAUUUAAUACAUAAAUUAUAUUAUGUAUAGUCUGGUCUGCGAGCACGUAGAAUUUUGUCCAAUGACCCCAAACUACCCCUACCCAAGCGACUGUGCGACGGGCGCCCGCAGUGAGUGUGCGAGCGCGACAGCAAUAUAAUUACGCGCGAGCGAUAAGGAUGGUUAGCUUGGGGUCAUUGGACAAAAUUCUACGUGCUCACAGACCGGGCUUUAGUUUGAGUGAAGCAGCGUGAUUUUACUAAAAUCAAGUUUUAUUGGCAAAUCAUGAGACACUCGAGUGUUUUGCACGAUCAUAUUAAGUUCUCUCACAAACUAUUAUAAGUUAUUAUUAGUAUCUAAAAUGUAUUUAUUUAUUUAAAAAUAGAGCAUUGCUUAUUUAUGUUAGUAUUUAUUGAAUUUUACGAAAAAUGUGCUACUUAAUCAUGGCUUUUAGAUAAACUCAAAUUAGUUAAAUUAGAUGAUCUAGGUGCAAAACACUCCUGUAAUAAUUUUAAUAUCGAAUUUACAUUAUUAUUUUAUAUUUUUAGGAUUUGCUUUUAAUUUUAUUCGACAUAUCAAACAAUUAUGAAUUUUGUGAUAGUUUAAAGACAUUAUUUGUAUAAAAAAUAAAAAUAUGCAUUUUGUGUCAAAUUUUUUUCGUAGUUUGUGUAACUAAAUUAUAUUUAUAAUCAACAAGGACGUGGUUCGAAGUAUGUAUGUGUAUGUUUAUACAUGUUUAACUAUUAAUCCGACACUAGAAAUAAUUUUACAAUUUCUAUGUUUAGUGCUUAGAUAUUUGAGAGAAAAGUCUAAUAUACGUUCAGACUAGCGGUAUAAAAUUUACAUUGACCAGUUUGGGAAUUAUUUCACUGGUUUGCCACUUUUGCUUCCAGUGAGAGCAUAGACGACUUUUAAUCGAUCAUCAAAAGGGCCCCGGUUAUCGAUAAGGCAGAUGUAGCCACUCGGAAAAGUAUGAAAAUGUGUCAUAAAUUGAAAGAUUUAAAGGUAAUGGAGUCUCAGAUGUACUUUGCCUUGGGUUUAAUCAGGCCCUGUGUAUCAAUGUCUUCUGACAUAAUGAUGACGUAGGAAUUUGUAUCUUGUAUAUUUGUAUUAAAAUUCAAGUUUGUUCAUCAUUAUGUUAGAGGUAUUGAUGAUUUUCGAUUGCCUUUCUCUAAGUCUACACUUCCUAGUGUGAGGUAAUAUUAGCGUAUGUAUUUAACAUAAGUUAGCAGUAGUGCUGGCGCUACUAUAUGUAAGCACUAAUAUAAAAUAUUGUGCUUAUUUACUUUUGGAUGUGUCAUGUGUAGAAUGAGGACUUAAUACACUCUGGACAAUCUUGUUAGUUGCACUUCUAAAGAAGCACUGAAUUUGGGCAAAAUACUAAAUUAAUAGCGUUUAGUAAAAUUAGUAAGUGUGUCAAUGUCAUUAAACUUUAACAAUAAUGCUAAAAUAAGUUUGAAUAUAUUAAUUUAUAUCAUAAAGUAACAACAAGCCUGCUUGACGGUAACCCUACUAAAUAAGAACCGAUGUACAGUCACGCGCAAAAAAGUAUGAAAUCAAAUAAAUAUUCCAAUCUCUACUAGAAAUUAUCUUCUUUCUUAUAAUGAACUUAUGGUGAUAUGUGGUCAUAUUAAUUGAAUUCAUACGUUUUUGCGCUUUACUGUACAUCUUUAACGUGCCAGUUGUGUGUUAGUUCGCCUGCCCCAUUUUUGACUGUUAGUAAGUUUGUACUGUAUAAAUAUACUUAAUUGCGAAUGGAUACUUAUUUAAGUAUAAAUAUAAUAUUUUCUAAGUA